GCUAAGUUAUGUUUGCGCUGUGGUUUUGGGUGGGAUCGUGAGACUUCUGAAUGGUUAUUACGUGGGAAUCUCCUAGAGUUUGAUGGUAACACUGAUACACUUGGGACUGAACUUCUUGAGAGCUUACUGAAAAUGGCGCCGACAAAAGAGGAAGAGCGAAAGUUAAAAGCUUACAAAGACGAUUCACCCGUUAAGCUUGGACAUGCUGAAAAAUUCCUAAAGGCAAUGUUAGACAUCCCUUUCGCCUUCAAAAGAGUUGAUGCUAUAUUUGUUUGGUUUUCGGAAAAUCAUCUCAUCAAAUUGGCUGACCCGGUUGUAACAAUGGUGCCUAAAGUCUCCUCAACCGAGCUGAUCAACGAUAUGCAGAAUGAAGAACAGGACGUGACUGUGGAGAUAGAC